AUUUUUUUUUUGCCUACUAGUAUCGUAUGAAUGAAAACAUGUUCUAGUGCCUCCGUUUCAAUGCUCAUGUAAUCCCAGGCUGCAGUUGGAGCUUGGGAGGAGAGUCCGUCGUCUCCCGUCCCACCGGCAUGUUGCGGUCCCGGCGUGUCACAUGUGGGGCUCUGAUCACGCGAGGAAAUUCAUCGCUGAUUCUCGGCGGUUCCGACAUUUGAACGACGUCGACGGGCCAUCACACGUGCCCGUUCUGACGAGGGGACCGGGAGGUCCGCUCCGCAAACCGCAACCGCCCCGCGCUAGAGCCGCUGAAACUGAACUCCUGACAUGGCCAGGCCAGCACGCAAAGCCCUGAUAGGCGCGCCCUCCGCCGCGCGCUCGCGCGGCCUACGGAGGCACGCGUUUCCAAGAUCUGCUGUCGCUCUCUUCCUCGCCCUCCUCGUCGCGCUGUCCUUGGCGGUGCUAUACCGUGCCGCCGUCUCGCGCUCGCUGGGGACGUCCUGGUCCUGGGGGUGGGACUCGCUGGCGCUGCCCUCGUUCGCCACAUCCCAGGAGGAGGAGGGCGCGGAAGGCGACGAUCUGGACAGUGAAGAUCUCAAACUUGAGCGAGUCCUAAAGAAGGCUUCAAUGCGAGACAAUACAGUUAUCUUGACUACACUUAAUGCUGCAUGGGCUUCUCCUGGGUCAUUGAUAGACCUUUUCAUCGAUAGCUUCCGUUCUGGUGUUAGAACAAAUUUGCUGUUGAAACACCUUGUAAUUGUAGCAUUUGAUUGGAAAGCAUAUGAGGAAUGUGUUAAAAUCCAUCCCUAUUGCUUUGCUCUGGGAACCGAUGGUGUGGAUUUCUCUGAAGAGAAGAGGUUCCUGACUUCUGGAUAUCUCGAGAUGAUGUGGAGAAGGCUAGAUUUCCUGCGGCUGGUUCUUGAGAAAGGUUACAACUUCAUAUUCUCGGAUGCAGACAUUAUGUGGUUUCGCAAUCCAUUCCCACAUUUCUAUCCCGAUGUAGACUUUCAGAUUGCAUGUGAUCACUAUGUCAGGAAUGCAACCGACUUGAGAAAUAUUGCUAAUGGAGGCUUCAGCUAUGUGAAAUCAAAUGAGCGUAGCAUAGAGUUUUACAGUUUCUGGUAUUCGUCAAGAUUGAGGUAUCCUGGCUACCAUGAUCAGGAUGUAUUCAAUGCUAUAAAGCAUGAUCCUUACAUUGUACACAUUGGAUUGACAUUUAAGUUUCUGAGUACAAAGUACUUUGGAGGGUUCUGUGAACCAAGCAGAGAUCUGAACGAAGUCUGCACUAUGCAUGCUAACUGUUGCAUUGGGCUGCAAAGCAAGAUUCAUGAUCUGAAGAUUAUGAUGGAGGAUUGGAGGAGUUAUUUGUCCUUGCCUCCAAAUUUGAAAAGAUUGCAAAUAUCUACUUGGCGGGUACCACAAAAUUGCAGCCUUGCAUGGUCGCGCCAUUAAGGCAACAAAGCAUGCUGAGGAUCAUGAAAAGCAUGUGAGAUCACUAGUUGAAAGAUUGCACCUCCCCCCCUCCUCUCCCGGCCAAACUUAUAACUGACCUAACUGAUAGGUUUCAUCUGUAAACAAAAGCUGCUUCAUUUCUGUGUGUUCUGGAACUUGGAUUCUUUGAGGGGAAAACGUGAUAAAUCAUCAAAUGAGUUGUAGUUUCUUGAUGUUAUUGUUGUUGUUGUGCAUCUCAUCGGAGCAAAGAAGAUUCAAGAUAUGUCCCUUUUA